GGAGGAGGUGGUGGUGAAGGUGGUGAAGGAGGAGUAGGAGGAGGAGGUGAUGGAUCGUGGAGGAGGAGGAGGCGACGAGGUGUUGGAGGCUUUGGGCCUCGAGCUGCGAUCCGCGCCGCCGCCAAGAGCGCCGCUCAGACAGCCGCAUGGGGAGCCACGCUACGCUGAGGGGGGCUCCCCCUCGCCCCACUCGGCGGCGCCGUGCGGGACCGCUCGCGUGCGGCCAUUCGUCCCCUCGGAGGGAGCGUCCACCUCCCCUCCUCCCCCGGGGCCUCCCAGCCCCCCCGCGUCGCCCCCUCCCGCCAUGAAGACGGCGCUCUCCGUGCACGCCAAGGAGUUCUACCCGCGCGUGGCGGGGGUGGCGGGCGCCAGCGGCUGCUCCCCGUCCGGCUGGGUUGAGGAGGAGGAAGAUGAGGAGGAGGGAGGAGGUGGUGGUGGUGGUGGAGGCAGCGCCGAGGCUGCCCUGCACGACUUUGUGAGGGACUUUGUGAGCUCCCUGUCCGUGCGUCCGGCCCUCUACGAGGCGGAGAGUCCCCUGUUCCUGGACACGCUCAACGCCUGUGUGAGCAGCGAGCACUCACUGCUCACCGUGCUGCACGGCAUCUACGAGCAGCGAGCACUCGCUGCUCACCGUGCUGCACGGCAUCUACGAGCAGGCGGCGCCUACGAGGGCCUCCAGCAUCUGGGUCCCCUGGGCGACAUUAGCAACGUGGUGACGGCUCUGGGCGGAGACGCGGGGGGAGGCAGAGAGAGCCACGGAGCCCAGCGAUACCCGGAGCCACCCAACCCGUGCUCUCGCGGCCUCUCCGCCUCUGACGGGUGUAUCGAGCGGAUGCCGGACACAGCUGCCUUUAGCCGCGACUAUCAGAACAGAGCGGCCAUCGUGAACUCUCACUCACAGGUUCUGAAGAGGAAUGACCCUUCCUCUGAGCUAUUCCUGGAAGAGAGGAUGCUUCUCAACCCCUAUCUGUCCGGGCAGAAGCUGGACAAUGUGGUGGCCAAGAAGUCAGUGCCGGAUUUCGCCGAUGAUUUGGAUGAGUUUGAUGUUGGUGGUGAUGAUGGUGGCGAUGAUGGUGGUGAUGACGAUGGUGGAGAUGGUGGUGGUGGUGGUGAUGAUCGUGGUGACGGUGAUGAUCGUGGUGACGGUGAUGAUGAUGAUGAUGCUGGUAAUGCUGGUGGUGAUGAUGGUGGUAAUGCUGGUGGUGAUGAUGGUGGUGAUGAUGAUGAUGACGAUGGUGGUGAUGACGGUGGUAAUGAGAUGUGAUUUAAAUGGAGACAGUGGAGAUGGUGGUGGGAAUGAGAGUGGAGGUGGUGAUGGUGUUGAUGGUGUUUUGGUUGUUGUGUAUUUACGCGUACAUACAAACACGCAGACACACACAGAUACACAGAGACAAAGACACACAUACACACAAACAAACACACAGACACACAGACACACAGAGACAAUGACACACAUACAAACACACAGACACACAAAGACACACACAGAUACACAGAGACAAAGACACAGGGAUGCAUACACACAGACACCCACAGACACACACAGACACACACAGAGACAAAGACACACAUACACACAAAACAAAUACACACUCACACACGUAUAGCUUUAACAUACUAUUGGGGCAAGUGCUGUUAGCGGCUAGCACACACGGACAUAAAGACAUAUAGAGAAGUACACAUGCACAAACAGACACACACACAAGAACACACACACAGACAGACACACACAGGGACACACACACAAGCGCACAUUUUGCCAAGAUGAUUAUGAAACAGUUGUUCACUUUGGACACAUCUCUCUCACCUGGCGAUGGCUCAGUGUAGCUGACACGGCCAUCUUGAACCCCACCGACACGGCCAUCUUGAACCCCACUGACACGGCCAUCUUGAACCUCACCGACACGGCCAUCUUGAACCUCACCGACACAGCCAUCUUGAACCCCACUGACACGGCCAUCUUGAACCCCACUGACACGGCCAUCUUGAACCCCACUGACACGGCCAUCUUGAACCCCACUGACACGGCCAUCUUGAACCCCACUGACACGGCCAUCUUGAACCCCACCGACACGGCCAUCUUGAACCCCACUGACACAGCCAUCUUGAACCUCACCGUCACGGCCAUCUUGAACCCCACCGACACGGCCAUCUUGAACCCCACUGACACGGCCAUCUUGAACCCCACUGACACGGCCAUCUUGAACCCCACCGACACGGCCAUCUUGAACCCCACCGUCACGGCCAUCUUGAACCUCACUGACACGGCCAUCUUGAACCCCACUGACACGGCCAUCUUGAACCCCACUGACACGACCAUCUUGAACCCCACCGACACGGCCAUCUUGAACCUCACCGACACGGCCAUCUUGAACCUCACCGACACGGCCAUCUUGAACCCCACUGACACGGCCAUCUUGAACCCCACCGACACGGCCAUCUUGAACCCCACUGACACGGCCAUCUUGAACCCCACUGACACGGCCAUCUUGAACCCCACCAUCACGGCCAUCUUGAACCCCACUGACACGGCCAUCUUGAACCUCACCGACACAGCCAUCUUGAACCCCACUGACACGGCCAUCUUGAACCCCACUGACACGGCCAUCUUGAACCUCACUGUCACGGCCAUCUUGAACCCCACUGACACGGCCAUCUUGAACCCCACCGACACGGCCAUCUUGAACCCCACCGACACGGCCAUCUUGAACCCCACCGACACGGCCAUCUUGAACCACACAGACACGGCCAUCUUGAACCCCACUGACACGGCCAUCUUGAACCCCACUGACAUGGCCAUCUUGAACCUCACUGACACGGCCAUCUUGAACCCCACUGACACGGCCAUCUUGAACCCCACCGACACGGCCAUCUUGAACCCCACCGACACGGCCAUCUUGAACCCCACCGUCACAGCCAUCUUGAACUUGUGAGAGAGAGAGAGAAGGACACACCUGUAAUUGUCUAUGAGUCCGUUUCUGUAUUUGUUCGUGCUGAAUAAACGGAUUGUGCUCUG